UUGUAUGUAUGUUAACUCAUUGCUAUUACUCAGGUUAGUUUGUUUUGAACUCUCGACUGGUCGUGACGUGAUUUUUUGUACGUACCGUGGUGGUAUAUAUUUGAGCACAAUUUAUACUCGUUUCAAGUGCAACUGUUUCGGAAUUGCUCUUAGCAAGGAUUCAAAAGGAUUAUUUCUUUAAGGAUUCGGGUCUCAAGAGUUUUUUUUUGCGAUCGCUGUAGCCGAUUCGUUUUUGUGAGAAACGAUUCAAAACAUCCACUGAUUUCCCGGCCUCGCUUUUACCAUGAUUAAACACCACAGCUAAUCUUCAAAACUACAAUAUCGAACAAAAGAUGAUCGAGAAAAAGCAAAGGUCGAGUAUAACAUCGUCAUUACCAUCGUCAUCAAACAAAUCGUCGCUGUACUGGUCAGCAAGAGGUUCAGAAAUUGCAACAUCAACACGCCGUCCAUCGACUGUCCGACAUGAAUACAUUGAUCCGUGGGAUCUGGAGAACUACGUGUACAUCCAUCGACAUGCCGAGGUCUCGCCAAGACCGAGUGCAUCGCCCAGUCUAGCUGAGGAGCCGAUGUCAUCAAUGUUGUAUUAUCAAUCAGGAAGCAGUGACGAGAAUUGUUUUAGUUGCUAUGCUGGACUGGACGAAGAAUUGUUUUACAAUGCCAAAUACGAAUCGAUACAUGACGAACCGCCAUAUACCAGCAGCAUCUACUAUACAGACCUAGAAUCUCAAUCAACCGAACCGAACAGCGCCAGUACCGUAUCAACACUCCAACUACACACGCCCGGUUUCGGUGCCCGUGCGUCCGGUGGUAUUGUGUUACCGAAACCCGUUCCACAAAUUCAAUUUCCAGCUCCACCGCCCGUCCACGACAUUUACUAUCCGAAUUCGAUUCUGCAGGACGACGACACAUACUGCACAUUCGACGAUUGUUAUGAGUGCAGUAACGUUCCCGUUGGAGCGCUGAAUCCCUACACAAAUCACUAUGCAACGCAUCGGUUCGGAUUGAGUAAAAAAGGUCUGCUGCAAAUCGAUCAUUUGUAUUCGCUGAAUUGGAACAAUUUGGAUCGAUUUAUCGGGAAGUGAGGAGUGUAUGCACCAGAGGGGAUUUUUACGGUUAGGUCGUCACGGAUAUCGGGGAAAUAUUUUUUAUUUUGUAAAUUUGUUUGUUUUUUUGCGUUUUAAAGAUGGCUAAUAAAAUGAUGUAGCGU